AACUCAUUAAAUUAUAUGCCAAGACAAAGAUUAGAUACAAGGGUAGGUUAGUAGCAUAAAAAAUUAAUUUUAAUUAUUAAACAUCUCAAUAAUAAAAAUAAAAUCUUCUAAUCAGAGGAGAUAGGCACUUUGUUUUAACAUACCAUAUUAUAUAGAAAUUAAUUGAUAAUCAAUUAAAUAUAUUUAUUUAACCUUUGUUAGAGGUUACAUAGAUGUAUAAAAUGAUCACUGUACCUUUAUUUAUGUUAUCAUUUUGAAAUUAAACGCAUCCAAAUACCUAAUGUGUUGUAAUAUUAAAAUAAAAAAAAAAUAUUGAAACUGCUAACCUUUAAAAAAAAUUACAAAACAUUGGUUGUAAAUAUUGACCUAAGGUAUAGUUUUUUUAAUUUUGAUGAACCAAACUAGGUUAUGUAAUGAUAAGAAACUUCCUUUAUAUGAAAAAAAAAACCAUUAUCACUAAUCAGUAUUAAGUGGUCGGUUUAUGGUGUUUUAAAAUUUUCACUUUUUCCUAUAUUACCAAGUUGUGUCAACAUGCCUAUGAAAAGUUAUAUAUCAUACUCUAGCGAAUCACAUUUUCCAAUUGAAAAUUUACCAUAUGGUGUAUUCUCAACUGCCGACAAUUCAACACAUCGCAUAGGAGUUGCUAUUGGUGAUAAAAUUCUGGAUUUAAAAUACUCCAAAAAUGUUUUUGACCAUCCUUUAUAUGAAGUAUUUCAACAGCCAUCGCUUCAAAGUUUAAUGGCUUCAAGUAAAAACACAUGGUCCCAAGCUCGUAAGUCAAUUCAAUCUUACUUAAGCAUUGAAAAUUCUGAGAAUUUGAAUAACGGAGUAUUUUGGAAUCAAAAUGAAGUUGAAAUGCAUUUGCCUACUACAAUAGGUAAUUUUACUGAUUUUUUUUCAUCAUAUUAUCAUGCUUACAAUUGCGGUUCCCUCUUUGCACCUGAUAAACCUAUAGCAGAUAAUUGGAAAAAUAUGCCAAUUGCAUAUCAUAGUCGAUCAUCAUCAAUUAGAAUAUCAGGUACGCCAGUUGUUCGACCAAAUGGGCAGUAUUUAAAAGACGGACAAGUAAAAUUUGGUCCCACAGAAAUGUUAGACUAUGAACUAGAAGUGGCAUUUUUUGUGGGUGGUUCAUUGAAUUCUUUGGGUGAACCGAUACCGAUUAACAAAGCUUGUGAUCACAUAUUUGGUAUGGUUUUAUUGAACGAUUGGAGCGCCAGAGACACACAGAAAUGGGAAUCAUAUUUUCUUGGACCAUUCCUUUCAAAAAAUUGUAUUACAACUAUUUCACCCUGGAUAGUGACAAUGGAAGCUUUAGAAGAAUUUAAAACAGACAACUUUAAACAAGAUCCAACUCCUUUGAAGUAUUUACUACACGACAUUAAAUACAAUUUUGACAUAAAUUUAAACGCAAGUGUCCGUGGUCAAAAAUCGCAGCUAACUCAUUCCAUCUGUAACACCAACUAUAAGUAUAUGUACUGGACUCCUUUACAACAAAUCGCUCAUCAUACUAUUAAUGGCUGCAAUUUACAACCAGGCGAUUUAUUAUCAUCUGGAACAGUUAGUGGUCCAGAAGAGGAACAGUGUGCGUGUUUGACAGAGAGAACUCGUGGAGGGAAAAUAUUUGUAGACCUGGGUGAAAGAAAGUUGAAAUUUUUUGAAGAUGGAGACGAAGUAACAUUAUCAGGAUUUUGUCAAGGAAAUGGAUACAGAGUUGGUUUUGGCAACUGUAGCAGCCAAAUUCUUCCAGCAAAAAACUUAGCAUAAAUUAUAAAAUUAUAUCCUACAUGUAUUUGGUAUUUUUUAUUGAUUCUAAGUUUGAAAAAUGUUUUAGCUGGUGUAUUUAAAAAAAAAAAA